CACAGCCAGGGCUGGGCUGUUGCUCGCAGUGGAUAGAACACGUUGGAAUAGAUCUUCUGUUGUCAGGUCAGCGCACAGCGUGAGCGGCAUGAGUUCUUUGUGAAUCACCUCUCAGACCCCCAAUACUCAAGGAACUACUCCGUACCCAACAACACCUAGAUCACGGCAAUCUCCUCCAUUCUUUCGUGAACAGAAAAGAAAAGCAGAAUAGAAAAAGCUCCCUGAUAAUACUCUGCAGCUCAAAAUGCGCAUAAGAUAUCCCUUUGCUGGGGCUUUCCUUGUUCUUCUUCUUCUAUCCGCUUACAUUGGCCUCACUCCUCACAAUGAAUCGAAGCCCGGCGACUCGACAAUCCCGCCAUCGCUCCAGCCCAACGACAAAUUCCUCCACUUCGUGACCUUCUUUAUCCUCUCCAUCGCAUUCUACUGGAUCCUAGACACGACUCGUCGGCGAACACUCCACCUGACCAUCGCCGUCUGCACACUGGUACUAGGAAUCGGCUCGGAAAUAGUACAAUCACUGAUUCCAAACGGCCGCUCGUUCGACCCCUUUGAUAUCCUUGCCAACAUAGUUGGCAGCUUGGGCGCGGUGGGACUCUGUACGUGGUACCACAAGCGGAUGUUGGAGCGGAGAAGGAAAUCUCGCUUUGGAAAUUUGAUGAACGAUGGAGAUGGUGGGGAUGAUAUUGAAUUAGGCGUCAAUUCGACACACGACACAGAACUGGGUACCCAGGAAACUGGCGUUACGACUACUAGGACUCUGGAGCAAGAGGUUGAUAAUUGGGACGAGAACGCGGUUGACAAUUGGGAUGAGGAAGAUGGAGACCAGGGCGAGAGUAACCCUGUGGGAAGUGGAGAUAGACCAAAAACAGCCCAGGGGAAGGAUGAUGUGAAGUUACGCAGUGACUGA